GCAUCUCGCGUCUUUGUUCCUGCCUUGUGAGGUCAGGCAACAUCGUCUGUUUCGUCAUUGUACCAGCUAAUUUGGGGAGAACUCUGCAGUUCCCAGCAUUGUUCCAGUGUCUCGUUGACCCGUUCUGCUUCGAAGAUAGUUCACCUCUGCAACAAUGGAGACAGUUUCAGACGAACAGUUGGCCAAAACGCAAGCGACACCACAGAUCAAUGUUGUGGUUGAGUUCUCUGGUGGACUAGAAAUGCUCUUCUCAGACAAAAGGCAUCACGAGUUGUCUCUCCCAUCCCGCACGGAGGACAGCUCGCCCAUCACCAUUGCGUGGUUGAUCCAAUACCUUUGUCAGCACACGAUGGAUGACCCUCGCAGGGAGCUCUUUGUACUCGAUCAGCACCUGCGGCCGGGUAUUCUUGUGCUUAUCAACGAUGCCGACUGGGAGCUAGAGGGGGAAGAAGCAUACGAAAUCCAGGACAAGGACAACAUCCUGUUCGUCUCGACCCUCCACGGUGGCUAGAUCAGCCGACCCUGUUACCGACUGCCAAAUCGGAAGGCUCAACGGCACUUACCGUCGCGCGUCUAGCCUGAUGGUCAAGAAUCAAUAGCGCCUCAGCAUGA